AUGCCGGACGAGCCUCGCCGUAUCAUCAUCGAAAAGUCCAGCACCGUUCGGCGCCGGUACCAACGCAGCAACAAAGUGAAGAAGUUCACCGCUGCUGAGCUCAAGCGCAUGGAACGCGAAGAGGAACUCAGCCGCAGAGCCAAAGCCAUACGCGAAAAAGAGAAGAAACGAAUCGCAAACAAGAAGAAAAGGGAGGAGCAGGAGCGGGAAAGAAAACGUCUUGGCCUGCCCGACCCUAAUGCAGCGAAGAUCCCUGCCAGUCAACCACUGCUGUCGAACUUCUUGGGACUCGCCCGAAAACCCCCACUUGCCCCUGAACCAGCGCCGGAUUCACCUCAGGAUAAAAUCGAUACCGACACUGAUACCGAAAAUUUGGCAGGAGACACGGAGGCAGACACGGAGGCAGACUCAGAAGGACCGGACGCAUCGAAUGCGGAAUUAGAGAAAGAUCUAUCCGAAUUCCAGGAGGCGUCAAUACCCCAAGAACACACUGGAGAGGACAAUAAUAACGAUACUACCAAAAACACUGGCUCAAUUGAUGGUUUCGACGAAGGAUUGGAAAAGGACCUAUCUUCUAUUCAGAAGGAGCCUAUACUCCAAGCAGCCAUUGUAAAUGGUAUCAAGGAUGACGGUGGCAGCGACAUGGAUCUGUUCGAUGAUUUGGACAAAGAAUUGGAAAACGAUUCACCUUGUCUCAAGAGGGCGACCGCAUUGCAAGAGACCACUGUGAAUGACGCCGAGAACGAUGAUGGCGGCGACACCGAUCAAUUUGAUGAUUGGGAUGAAGAAUUGCAGAAUGACCUUUAUUGCCUCCAGGAUGCAGGCAUCCCGGACAAGGAUAUAGUCGGUGGGACUGCAAAUGGCACUUCAAAUGUACCAUUAGCACAAGAUAAUGAUCGAGACGAUGACGAAUUCUCAGACUGCUCGGCAUUUGACGAUGCGAACCUCAUCCAAGCAGCCGAUACGGUUACGGCCUCGUCCUUUGCACAGAAUGAUAGACAGAAGAACCAUUUACAUUCACCCUCCAAACCCGCCGCUGCCUUGCAUCCGCCCUCGAGCAUUUGUCCCAAGCCAACAGCGCCCCCGUUGCUUUCAACUGGAAGUUCCUUCUACGACGACACUGCGGACUACCUCGAGGAAGUCUUUGCGCGCGGGACCGGCGAUCCAUUCAGCGAGCUCUUUUAG